AUGGCAGGUGCAUUUUUAAGACCGAAAGACAUCACAUACCAUUCAUAUAGUCCUUCUGAACAGGAAAAUGCUGUAAUGACAAAAAUCCGUAGACUUCGACAACGCUCAAUUCUCCGUAUGAGAUAUCAUAACACGAUGGGGGACAACGACCACCAGACGCAACCACUUCUCUCGCCGCGACCGGACACAGCAGUCUUCACGGCGGACUCCGAUGACAUCGCUCCGAUCGCCAGCGCCGCCGACUUCACCAGAGAGUUCCUCACCGAGUCCAAGAAGCUCUGGUACCUCGCCGGCCCCGCUAUCUUCACCUCCGUCUGCCAGUACUCACUCGGUGCCAUCACUCAAGUCUUCUCCGGCCACGUCAGCACCAUCGCCCUCGCUGCCGUCUCCGUCGAAAACUCCGUCAUCGCCGGCUUCUGCCUGGGCAUCACGUUUGGAAUGGGAAGCGCGUUGGAAACGCUAUGCGGGCAAGCGUAUGGGGCGGGUCAAGUGCACAUGCUGGGCGUGUACAUGCAGCGCUCGUGGGUGAUUCUGAACGCCACCGCUAUUCUCCUGACCCUUCUCUACAUCUUCGCGGCGCCGCUGCUGAGGGCAAUAGGUCAGACGGCGGCGAUUUCGGCUGCGGCGGGGGAGUUCGCGGUGUGGAUGAUUCCGCAGCUGUUCGCCUACGCCAUGAACUACCCCAUGCAGAAGUUUCUGCAGGCGCAGAGCAGGAUCAUGGUGAUGGCAUGGAUCGCGGCGGCGGCGCUGGUCCUGCACAUCGUGUUCAGCUGGCUUCUGAUGCUGCAUCUCGGGUGGGGCCUGGUGGGCGCCGCCGUUGUGCUGAACGCGUCGUGGUGGUUCAUUGACUUGAGUCAGUUUGGGUAUAUAGUGAGUGGGACCUGUGGGGACGCGUGGUCCGGCUUCUCCCUUGAAGCCUUUCAAAACCUCUGGGGUUUCGUUCGCCUCUCCCUUGCCUCUGCUGUCAUGCUCUGCCUGGAAGUGUGGUAUUUUAUGGCCCUGAUUCUCUUCGCUGGAUAUUUGAAGAAUGCGGAAGUUUCGGUUGAUGCCCUCUCUAUCUGCAUGAACAUAUUGGGAUGGACCGUCAUGGUGUCCUUCGGAAUGAACGCAGCCGUAAGUGUAAGAGUGUCCAAUGAAUUAGGUGCAUCUCACCCGAGAACAGCAAAGUUUUCACUUCUUGUGGCUGUGAUUACCUCGACCCUGAUUGGUCUGUCGAUGUCGUUGUUUCUCAUACUAUUCCGAGAGGAGUAUCCUUUUUUGUUUUCAAAUGAUCCCGAAGUGAGAGAAAUGGUGGUGGAGCUGACACCCAUGUUGGCCCUUUGCAUUGUGAUCAACAACGUGCAGCCAGUUCUCUCAGGGGUUGCUGUUGGUGCAGGGUGGCAAGCAGCAGUUGCAUACGUAAACAUUGCUUGUUACUAUCUCUUUGGUAUUCCUCUAGGUCUCUUUUUGGGGUACAAGCUUAACAUGGGAGUCACGGGGAUUUGGUCAGGAAUGCUGGCAGGGACAGUCUUACAAACUUGUGUUCUAUUCUUCAUGGUCUAUAGAACUGAUUGGGAUAACGAGGCAUCCCUUGCGGAGGAUAGGAUAAAGCAGUGGGGUGGUCAUGAAGGUUCAAGAGGGAAGAAUGAUCGUGAAACAUGA